CGGUUAUCGGAAAUGGUUUAUUUAUUUUUCGUGUGACUUUUAGCAAACUUCUUCGUUCUGCUGCUCCUGCUGAUAAGGUGCGCGUUAUGUUGAGUUGGUGUAAAGUGGCAAAAAGCUCAGCACUCCCCUCGUAGUGCGAUCAUGUACGUGCGAUUUGCGAUUAAGGUUAACUGCAACACGCUACGCGGGACACAUAUUACGCAAAGUAAAGAAUUUGUCCACCUAGAGCGAGUGUGAAAAUGUCUGACGAUGACGCUCCACGUACAGCUGUGUCCCCGCCAUUAAACUGCGCAAAAAUUGAGGCCGCAUCAUCAGUACCCGUUGAGUUCCAAGAACUUGAACACCCUUCCGUAAAGGGGGAAAACGUUUCAGACUGUGUGAAAGUGAAACCCGAAACAGAACCAGUGGAAUUGAACGAUAGCAACGUAGAACCGCUCCGAUCGAAUGACCAUGAAGCGACAAAAGUCAAGCAACGAAAAUGCGUUCAAUUUACGACAACAUCAGCAGCAGCAACAACAACAACAACAACAACACCACCCGGCACUGCUGAUGACACGCUGCGCAAGUUUAUCGAAGGUGAGGAAAUAUUGGACAAAAGGAACCCGUUCAAAAUCGACGUACCGUACGGAGCGGAACCGUAUGUGGACCGUCGGGUGCUGUACACAACAACCAACGAAUCGGGCCUUAUCGGAGCCGAUAGCGGCGGAGGGAAUGAAGCGGACGAUUCUGACACCGAUCUGGACGAUAACGUUUUCAUCACGAAGGAAGAAAUACUGCGGCAAUCGAAAUAUGUGAAGACGUAUAUAAAAAAUCCCGAUAAACACCUCAACUACGAUAAAAGUGUAAUCCAGAAAAUGAACGCCCUGAAAGCGAAAGGGCGUGAGGUGCGCGAUGUGGUAGUGGUUGACGGUGCUGCCCCUGUGCCCGGGGCCGUUAGACCUCCGAUACCGGCACCCCGUACCAUUCACCGGCCGAACGAUCGAAACAACAACAAUCGCAGGCAAAACGUUGCCUCACCGCAAAUGGAACGCGUCGUCAACCGUAAACCGAUACCGCGAGCAAGACGGCGUGACUAUGCCGAGGUAAAGGUACGCAUCGGGUCGGCCGAAGCCGAAGAAUCGCUGUACGAUUCGAACGAGGUCGUUCAGAAUGCGCUGAAGUUUGAUAGCCGGUUUAGGAAGGUGGAAUUUGGCUCGCAAGAUGAUAUCGAUACGAUCGCCGAAAGAACGGAAGACGGAACAGAUCAACCUGUGGUUGUGGGUGCUGCUGCACGGACGGUAGAAAACGAAAAUCGUCCAGCUGUGACAGAAAAGGGAAAGAACACUUCCCCGAGCAAAGAUCAGCCCGAUGGACGAAAGACGACUUUUGCCGAGGAUGUGAAGAAGUCGUUUUCCAACACAGUGAAAAGUGCCGACUUUCGGAAGUACCUUCAGAGCAAGGGGCUUUCCCUGGUGCCAGCAAAACCGAAAGCGAUUGAGGAAACUCCCAACAAGGCCAAUCGGUUAUCAGCAAUAUCCGUAAGCAGCACACCACCAACGCGCCAGCCGGCCAAACCUUCGGUGCUAACGCGCUUCUUUCAAAACGGGCUCUUCUCACCAAAAACUCCCAAUGAUCCCGCAUACUCGUCGAUGUUUGGAAAAUCUUCCGCAUCACUUCAUUUUACAAGCAGCACACAACCGCGCUUAACACGGCCACAACUGCCGGCACGAUUCGGUAGUUUUAACAGCUCGCUCAAGAAACCAUCCUCCUUCGGUACGGGGGAGGUGACACCAAAGGUUAAUUUUAGACAGUCAGUAGAAGGACGGGAGGAUAUGAUGAGCGCCCCGGUUAGACGUCCUGCUUCGGUAAAUGAUUUUGAGCGACCGAAAUUACGCACCAACAUGGCCAAUAGAUCGGUAUCCUCGGUGGAUUCUUUGAAGCGCCCGGUGAAAAACGCUGGCGUACAGGUAAACCUAGCCACACAUGGAUCUAAUAAUGGACAAGCAGUGCGUGAAAGUCAAUUGGUUCCUGUGCAAAAUCGAGUCAUAACUACGCAACACGUUGGUGGAGGUUUGCCACCUAGAAACCCUAUGGUUGGGCAGAUGUAUCCGCAGCAGGUCACUCAGUAUCAUUCGCUACGUCAACGACCAGAUAUUCGUUUCUCUGGAGGAUCUACACACACGGUAGCUCCGCUCUAUUCAGAACCACUGCGCGAACCACCAAUGAUGGUACCGGAUGAUACGGAUUCCGGAUUCCGAUCAACGCAAGACAACGGAUAUCACAUCUACGAACAAACGCCCGAUAAUUUAAGACGAAGCGAAUUGGUGUACGGCAAAAUUGGUUACAUGAGCAACACGCAGCUAAAUCGUUGGCAUCCACAGGAUCGUCGAUCGUACAGCAGCAUGCAGGAAGGAGUAAUGGGUAUGAACGGUGGAACAUACGGUCGCUUACGUCCGCUGUACGUUUCCUCCCCACUGUCCACCCAAUCGACACCGGUGCGUCGUCGUGUAUCCGACACACUGGACCGGGAGCAAAUUCUUCACCGCAUCUACGACUUCUGUCGACGAUCGAUACGAAACAGUAGCAAAACGAGCGUCCACUCGAACCAAACGGAACCGCCUUCCUACCAGAGCAGCGGCAAUGUUUACGGUACGAAAAUUGUCCCCAGCGGAUCCUUUCCCGUCGAACGACAACGGGUACAGCGAGUACAAAGUCUAAACACUCCACGACCGAACGUAACGCACCAUGGGGCGUUAAACUAUACAAGAGCGGUAGCAAUCCCCGUACCGGGCAUUCCCGCCAACCAUGGUAGAAUGGCAACAGUUCCACAAAAUCAGCACGAUCGUAAUAUUGAGAAUAUUUACGCGUUUGUAAACAAAAAGAUGGUCCAGAUGAAUGUCGGUGCGGGCGAUCAUGGCAGUGUUCGAUCGGUGCAAACAUCCGCGCCAACCACCCUGCGCAGGGUUACAUUCUCAAGCAAAGGUGUAGGAGUACACGACGGCAUGACGGAUGGGCUCGAGGAAGCAGACUACGUUAACAUACGUGGUGCUCCAGAUGGGCUACUAACAUACGGAAUUGGUUCACUUUGAAUAUGCUUUACUAUGCCUGGAGCGCUUAGUUUACUAGCAGCAGAAGUAAGCUUGCAGAAGCGUUGGCCAUCACACCUGUUACUCCAUUUAGUGUUACACCUCGUGCGUCGGUCCCAUUUUGUCAUGCUUUGUGUUGUGCAUCGUUUGUUCAUAACACCUACCUCACUUUGUGUGUAGUUUUAUUCGUUUUCAUCACGUUUUUCAUUUACAAUAGGACUUUUUAUUUAUUUAUUUAUUAUACCAACUGUGGCAGCGUGUUAAUGCUUAUCCUUUUAAUGCUUUUUUUAAACAUUUAUAUUAUCUUUUUUUCGGGUAACGUAAAUUGCAGGAUAACCACCAAAGAAUGAUUAUCUACAAGAUUAUCUUUUGAACUUUGUUUUGAAUUGGUUCGUUAGUUCUUUGGUCCUUUUAUUUCUUUUUAUACAUUUCUCCUUUAAUUUAUUUUUCUCUCUUUAUUAUCCUUGGGUUCAAUGUUAUCUUAAUGAAUGUUUUCUGACCGCUCCUUUUUACAUUGAUGAUUGCAUCGUGCUUUGUUUUUACAACCUCCCCCGAUAUGUUCUGAUCCGUUCGUCCAUCUCCUACAGAUAUCCAGUACCGAACUACACAAUGCUGAGAGAUUUCACAUGGUGGUGCCACACAUACACGUGGUGUUUUAAACGCGGGGGGACGCGUUAAACGCUAAUAAAACGACGUGCCCCCGAUAUACUUUUGUAAGAAGUUCGUGAUAGCAGAGCAAAAGCAAUAGCAGUAUUCUAAGCAAAACGAGCAACACGCGCUAACGAUGACCGUAUAUAUAGUUCUUCGCAAAUAGAUAUGCUAGCAAACCAGCAGAAAAAAAAACCAACAAACAAACAAACAUUUUGAAUCCUAUUAGAAUCCUUUAAAGGAGUAUAGAUUUGCUAAAAACCAUUUUUUAAAUAUUGCGCGCAUUAUACCUACUAUUAUACCGUAUAAUACAUUCAUAAAAAAUAUAUAUAUACGAGAAAAACAAACUUUUAUACACAUCUAUUUUUGUAUAUUGUGAAAAUAAACUAUUGUG